GGGCAUUGACUCCGUGCGCCGACGCCUUCCUCACGUUAAAAACUACAGCCGCGAUAGGACAUUCAACAUUCAACAUUUAACAUGCGGUACAUCAACAUCGCCGAUCAUGAGAUUUUCAGAGACAUCACAUGUUAAAUCGAAGACGUCCCACGGGAAAGCACCGAUUUCACACGAGCCUUUCUCUGAUGGACACGGGUUUUGCGCGUUUUCCUCCCUUUGGUUUAAUUCACAGAAAGUGACGUGAUUAAAGAUCUGUCCACGCACAUUUCACAACAACUGAAUCGAUUCAGUGUUGAGGUUAUUUUUCAGAGAAACCUGGACUGUGCUGGAAGUCUGUCAUUCACGGAGACACCCAGGACUGGGUUCGUUUUGCGUUGUUUUUGUGAGUUGUGGAUUAAUCUGGGGUUUAUGUUCGCGUUAGAUCGAUUAAUCGUUUGGUGUGCGCCUCAGAUUCGGGUUAUCCUCAUCAUCCUCGUCCUCGUCCUCGUCACAGAGGACAAAGGAGACCGCAGACUACUCACGCUCGAGCUGCUGUGCCUCUGACGGGCCUCCCGCCACCGUUUUCGGACGUUUGGUCGCUUGACCGACCGGUCGACCCAGAGGGAGACCGACCUUCACUCACUUCGCUCACGGGCUCAUGCGGUUUUCAGGCGCUUCUGGUGCGAGCGUGAAUUUGACCCGGCCGGUUUCUGACGUCUUCACGCUCACAGCCGCAGGUUUUGUUUUUGGGGGCGGUCGGACACAAACUGUGACUCGGUGCGUUUCCUUCGACACGUCUCUGCCGGAUGAAGCAACGGGCCCGCCGCACCUGCAGUCCGGCCUGAAGCGACACCACCUGCCUCGGUGAGCAUCCGCUGCCCGUCUGGACCCGGUGUCGGAGAGGGAGGACUACCGGACAUUAGACCACGACGCGGGAGCCGCGAGAAAGUCUCUGCGCAGAGCGGCAGUGGACCGAUGGAGUGCAGGGAGGCCUUUAUUUUCUACCUGAGUUGGGCCAUGAUCGCCAGUGGCGUGGCCUACCUGUGGCGCCAGACCCGGAGCCACACGCAGUAUGGCCGCUACGUUCCGGUGGGGCAUCGCUGCUGUCCGGCCAGACUGGGCUGGUUCCUGCAGGAGGUCCCAGCCUUCCUGCUGCCGCUGCUGCUGCUGCUGCUGACCGAGGAGCCAGUCGGAGCGGGCAGCGGGCGCAGGACCGGGAGGACGCUGCUGCUCGGCACCUUCGUGCUGCACUAUUUCCAGAGGAGUUUCAUCUACGCCUUCCUGACCAAAGGACGCCCCGUCCCCCUGACAAUCCUCUUCUACGCCACCAUCUUCUGCUCCAUCAACGGCUUCCUGCAGGGACACCACCUGCUGCACUGUGCCCAGUUUGAGGACACCUGGCUGACGAACGCUCGCCUGGCUCUAGGUUUUCUUCUGUUUGCGGUCGGCAUGGCCAUCAACAUCCACAGCGACCACAUCCUGCGCAGCCUGAGAAAACCUGGAGAGAUCGUCUACAGGAUCCCCUACGGGGGAAUGUUUGAGUUUGUGUCCGGCGCUAACUUCUUCGGGGAGAUUGUGGAGUGGUGUGGUUACGCCAUCGCCGCGUGGUCUUUAACAGCCGUGGCCUUUGCUUUCUUCACGGUCUGCUCCAUCGGGCCCAGAGCCUACCAGCACCACAGAGACUACCAGCGCAGGUUUGAUGACUACCCACGGUCCAGGAAAGCUCUUAUUCCUUUCAUACUGUGAGGAUGGAAGAGUGCCUGGAAAAAAAACAGCAACUAAUCGUAUCUAGAAUUGCUUUCAGUUUUGUCAUUAAUGUUUCGCUCUGAGGCUGCAGCUGUGGGAUCAGCUGGAGCACCUUUCAGUCCCUGGCCCCAGGUUAGUCUUUGGCUCAAAGAAAAUCAUCGGCAUCGCGCGUGUUAAGAGUCCGUCGUAGUGAUACGGCAGCCUCUGAGACAGAAAGACGGAAGCUUUAACGUGAAUCUGAUGGUGGUCGAGAGGACGUUCACGUUAUACAGCAGGUCGUGUGGACGGAAAGAGGCAGAAAGACCCUGAGGCAGCUCUGGAGUCAGAUCAUUGUACUAUUGAUAAUAACCAUAUAUUUGAUCUUAAACCGGUUAAUUAUAAAAAAAUCAGCACACGCUUCGAGUCAAGGGGACUGCAGCUCAUUUACGUCCUUAGUCUCUAAUGUUCAGUCCGUCCCCCCUCACUCUGAUUAACGGUAGAAGAUAAACCCUGCUUUAGUUAGUCCCAACCACCUUCAACUUCAGACUUCUUAAAAAUACGUUGUAAACCGUAAUCCCUGCUUACAUUAAUAACCACCACAGAUGUGUGUGUUUGCCUGCUGACUCCAUUAUUGUAUCGAAGAUUAUUGUUCAACACCACUGACCUGACAUGUUAAUGAAGAAAGACGUCUGCUCCUGGUCCUGUGUACAUGAUGUUAUUUGUGUGAAUGCUUCAAUACUAAUGAAAUUAAAAUCAAAUUCUACAUUUGGAGAAAUGA